GCUCUUCACAAUAAAUCUUGCUGCUGCUCACUCUUUCGGUCUGUGCCACCUUUAAGAGCUGUAACACUCAUCGCAAAGAUCUGCGGCUUCAUUCUUGAAGUCAGCGAGACCAAGAACCCACUGGAAGGAACCAACUCCGGACACACCAGGCUGAGGCAGGAGAAUGGCGUGAAUCAGGGAGGCAGAGCUUGCAGUGAGCAAAGAUUGCACCACUGCACUCCAGCCUCGGCAACAGUGCGAGACUCUGUCUCAAAAAAAAAAAAAAAAAUUUGUGGAGAUGGAAUCUCACUAUGUUGCCCAGCCUUGUCUCAAACUCAUGAGAUCAAGCAAUCCUCUUGCCUCAGCCUCCCAAAAUACUGGGAUUACAUGUGUGAGCCAAUGUGCCUGGCAAGUUAUCUCUUUGAGACCAUACUUUCAGUUCUUUUGGAUAUGUAACCAAAAGUAGAAUUGCUGGAUCAUAUGUCAUUUUAUUUUAAUUUUGAAGAAUUAUCAUACUAUUUUUCAUACUGGCUAUACCAUUUGACAUUCUUACCAAUGUGCACAAGGAUACCAAUUUCUCCACAUUCUUGCCAACACUGUUUUUUUUGUUUUGUUUUUUUGAGAUGGAGUCUCACUCUGUCACCCAGGCUGGAGUCAGUGGUGCGAUCUUGGCUCACUGCAACCUCCGCCUCCUGGGUUCAAGCGAUUCUUCUGCCUCAGCCUCCUGAGUAGCUGGGACUACAGGUGCGCACCACCACACACAGCUAAUUUUUGUGUUUUUAGUACAGAAGGAGUUUCACCACAUUGGCCAGGCUAGUCUCGAACUCCUGACCUCAUGAUCUGCUCCCCCCUCGUCCUUCCAAAGUGCUGGGAUUACAGGCGUGAACCACUGUGCCUGGCCACCAUUUUUUUAAUAGUAGCCAUCCUAAUAAGUGUGAGGUGAUAUCUCACUGUGGUUUUGAUUUAUUUUCCCUAAUGAUUAGUGAUCUUGAGUGUCUUUUCCUGUGUUCAUUGGCCAUUGGUGUAUCUUCUUUGGAGAAAUGUCUGUUCAAGUUCUUUAUUUUUUAAUUGUAUUUUGUUGUUGUUGAGUUGUAGGAGUUUUUUUGUUGUUUUUGUUUUUGAGACAGGGUCUCACUCUGUCACCCAGGCUGGAGUUGAGUGGUGUGAUCUCGGCUCACUGCCACCUCUGCCUCCCGGGUUCAAGUGCUUCUCCUGCCUCAGCUUUCCAAGCAGCUGGCAUUACAGGUGUGCGCCACCACGCCUGAUUAACUUUUUUGCAUUUUUAGUACAGACAGGGCUUAAUAGAGACAGGUUUAGUAGAGAUGGGGUUUCGCCAUGUUGGCCAAGCUGGUCAAGCUGGUCUCAAGCUCCUGGCCUCAAAUGAUCUGUCCGCCUUGGCCACCCAAAGUGCUGGCAUUACAGGUGUGAGCCACUGCACACAGCAGGAGGUCUUUGUAUAUUGUGGAUAUUAGCCCCUUAUCAGAGUAAUGAUUUACAAAUAUUUUCUCCCAUCUCAUGGGUUGUCCUCUCUUUUUUCCUUUGAUUCACAGUUCUGUUUUUUUUAAAUUUUAUUAUAUAUUUUGUAAGACAUUUAAAAGAAUAAUACAGUAAACAUCUUUAUAACCACCAUCCAACAAAUUAAAUAUUAGUAAAUUAGUUUGCUCCCGAGUUUCCCCUUAUUGAUUACAAGUCCCUCACCAAAGGUAACCACUAAUGAAUUUGAUUUUUCUCUGACUAGUUUAUACUCCUUAGACAGCCUGUUAGCAUAUUAGAAGCUUGUCAUGACUGAAGUAAAAAUACUGCAAAGGUCCUGGGGAAGGCUAAUUAGGGUGGGAUGAGUUUUUUCUUAGAUUUUUGUGAUGCUGUUGUCCAAAGCCCAGUUCAGCACCCUAUCAGAGAUACUUGCACAUAAUAGGUGUACAGAAAUGUUUGUUGAAUGACUAUUUGGAACCCAUGUACUUCUGAUUGAAGAUAUUUUGUACCACUAUUAUACUAUUUUCUCUUUUUCUUUUUUUUUUUUGAGACAGAGUCUUGCUCUGUCGCCCAGGCUGGAGUGCAGUGGUGCGAUCUCAGCUCACUGCAACCUCCACCUCCUGAGUUCAAGCAGUUCUCCUGUCUCACUCUCCCAAGUAGCUGGGACUACAGGCACACACCACCACGCUUGGCUAAUUUUUGUAUUUUUAUUAGAGACAGGUUUUCACCUUGGUCAGGCUGGCCUUGAACUCCUGACCUCAGGUGAUCCACCCGCCUUGGCCUCCCAAAGUUCUGGGAUUAUAGGCAUGAGCCACCUUGCCUGGCCACUAUUAUUCUAUUUUUUUUUUUUGAAUCAGAGUCUUGCUCUGUCACCCAGGCUGGAGUGCAGUGGCUCGAUCUCAGCUUACUGCAAGCUCCGCCUCCCGGAUUCACGCCAUUAUCCUGCCUCAACCUCCCGAGUAGCUGGGACUACAGGUGCCCGCCACCACGCCCAGCUAAUUUUUUUAUAAUUUUAGUAGAGACGGGGUUCCACAGUGUUAGCCAGAAUGGUCUCAAUCUCCUGACCUCGUGAUCUGCCCACCUCGGCCUCCCAAAGUGCAGGGAUUACAGGCGUGAGCCACCGUGCCCGGCUAUUAUACUAUUUUUUCAUGAAGUGAAGUUUAUGUAUCUCUGUGUUAGGAUUACUGUAUACUUUACCAAUAAAAAGACUGCUACAGCAGAAUAAAGGUUUUCUUAGAGGUAGUAAAACUGAAGGCAAACCUGAGUUGGGAACAUUUUAGCUCUAAAUACAUAGAGUACAUUUAGCUGCUUUGGCUAAUUUAACUUUUAGACAGGGCAAAUGGAAUAAGGCAGGUGUUGAGGUGCUACAUUUUUGGUUCAGAAAAAUGGUUGUGAGUUUUGAAAGAAGGCAUGAUUCUGGUAAGAUCUGACUGUGGGCAAGGGGCUGUUGAAACAAACAGUGCAGUGUUUCCAGGGCAGUGGUGAAGGACUUGACCUCCAUUGUAGCUGAAAAUGAAGUCCUUCUCUAACAAAGCCAUAGUAGCAGCAGCAGCAGCUGUUGCCACUGCCACCUGCGUUCAGUGGCUGUGUGAGGUGGCUAGACCAGGAAAUGAUUCCAUGGCACUAGGCAUGUAUAAGGAAGGACUUACUUUGGCUCUGGCAAAGUGGUUGUACAGGUUGUCGGUGUCACUUUAAACAUACAAAGAUCUGCUUGCUGGAGGAGGGGCAGCUUCUUGAGGAUCAGGUGUGCAUCUGAAAGGGAUGAGCUCAUCCUUCUAACCAGACCUGCUCUAGACGCUGACUGAAUGUUUUCCUAGUUUCAAGUCCUGCAGCUGGGAGAAGCAGGAAAUGAUUGACGCUUCAGGCACUUGCUCUCUGACACAGCUGGCUAUUCUAGUCCCAGAAGAAAGAGGAGAUACUUGCUGAAGAUCUGGAUGGGACAAUAGAAGUUUGGGGCACAUUAAAAAGAAGCAGCAAGAACAGCAACAAAAACCUCAGAUGAUUCAAACAGGCUUCUUCUUGGCUUUGUGGAACCUUUUGCAGUUGCUCAGAAUUUGAGUUUUUGCUUCAGAGGAUGAUGAGACAAGGCAAUAGAGGGCGAGGAGGAUUAUGUUGGAUUCUUGCUUAUCUGUCUGCCUCUCCUUCCAGUUGGAAAAAUCUUCAGUCCAUAAGAAGCAUUAUCAACAAGCCUGAAGAACAUAUCUUACCCUGAUCCUGGAUGCUGUUGGAGUUGAGAAUUACAUCCACUGCACCAGGACUUUAUGGAGGCUGUUCAAGAAAAAUAGAAGGAAGCAAUACUUAAGGAUUUCUCUGUUUGCAUUAGUCCUGUGCCAUGUUACAUUUUGGAGAUUGUUUGGAACAAGUGAGGGAGGGCUCUGUCAUCUUGAUCUAGGAGGAUACCUGAGUCCCUUGACUACACAGAUGAUAUUUGGAAGGUGGUAAACUCAAAAUCUUCCAAAAUAAAUUCACUAAAUUCUAGAUUCCCUUUCCUUUUAGAACUUUAGCAGACAGAAAUUCCUGCCAAAAAGGCACAAAUCCUUCUCCAUUUUUUUUUCAGGCUAAAUGUGAACAAUAAUGUCUUGGAAGACAAAUUAUUUUUCAGGGGGUCGUGGUAGUGUACAAGGGAUGUUUGCACCUCGAAGCUCAACCUCCAUAGCCCCCAGCAAAGGCCUCAGCAAUGAGCCAGGGCAAAACAGCUGCUUCCUCAACAGUGCCCUGCAGGUUUUGUGGCACUUGGAUAUCUUCCGACGUAGCUUUAGGCAGCUUACAACUCACAAGUGCAUGGGAGAUUCCUGCAUCUUUUGCGCUCUCAAGGGAAUCUUUAACCAGUUUCAGUGUAGUAGUGAAAAAGUGCUUCCAUCUGACACUCUCCGCAGUGCUCUGGCAAAGACUUUCCAGGAUGAACAACGUUUCCAGCUGGGAAUUAUGGAUGAUGCUGCAGAGUGCUUUGAAAACCUCCUGAUGAGAAUUCACUUCCACAUUGCUGAUGAAACCAAAGAGGAUAUAUGUACUGCCCAACACUGCAUUUCCCAUCAGAAAUUUGCAAUGACAUUGUUUGAGCAGUGUGUAUGUACUAGCUGUGGUGCCACUUCUGAUCCGCUGCCUUUCAUCCAGAUGGUACAUUAUAUCUCCACCACUUCCCUUUGCAAUCAGGCUAUUUGUAUGCUGGAAAGACGAGAGAAACCUUCACCAAGCAUGUUUGGUGAACUGCUGCAGAAUGCCAGCACCAUGGGGGAUCUGCGGAACUGUCCAAGCAACUGUGGAGAGAGGAUCAGGAUUCGCCGUGUUUUGAUGAAUGCUCCACAGAUUAUCACGAUUGGGCUGGUAUGGGACUCAGACCACUCAGACUUAGCAGAAGAUGUUAUCCACAGCCUGGGAACCUGCCUUAAGCUGGGUGAUCUGUUCUUCAGAGUGACGGAUGACCGGGCCAAGCAAUCUGAACUGUACUUAGUUGGAAUGAUCUGUUACUAUGGCAAACAUUAUUCUACAUUCUUUUUUCAAACAAAGAUUCGCAAAUGGAUGUAUUUUGAUGAUGCUCAUGUCAAGGAGAUUGGGCCCAAAUGGAAGGAUGUGGUGACCAAAUGCAUCAAGGGGCAUUAUCAGCCCCUGCUGCUGCUUUAUGCAGAUCCCCAGGGUACCCCAGUGUCCACCCAGGACCUGCCUCCCCAAGCUGAGUUCCAGUCAUACAGCAGGACGUGCUACGACAGUGAAGAUUCAGGACACCUGACUGAUAGUGAAUGUAAUCAGAAACACACAUCCAAGAAAGGGUCACUGAUAGAGCGCAAGAGGAGCUCUGGUCGGGUUAGGAGGAAAGGCGAUGAGCCCCAGGCCUCGGGAUACCACAGUGAAGGAGAAACACUGAAAGAGAAGCAGGCUCCUAGAAAUGCCUCCAAACCAUCCAGCAGCACCAACAGGCUGAGGGAUUUUAAAGAGACAGUCAGCAAUAUGAUCCAUAACAGACCAUCCCUGGCUUCUCAGACCAAUGUAGGCUCUCACUGUGGGGGCAGGGGAGGAGACCAGCCUGACAAAAAACCUCCUAGGACCCUGCCUUUACACUCUCGUGACUGGGAAAUAGAGAGUACCAGCAGUGAGUCAAAAUCCAGUUCUUCCAGCAAGUAUCGUCCAACAUGGAGACCCAAACGAGAAUCUCUGAAUAUUGACAGUAUCUUUAGUAAGGACAAAAGGAAGCACUGUGGCUAUACCCAGCUUAGCCCCUUUUCUGAGGAUUCAGCUAAAGAAUUUAUACCAGAUGAACCAAGCAAGCCACCUUCUUACGACAUUAAAUUUGGUGGACCAAUCCCUCAGUACAAGCGCUGGGGCCCAGCACGGCCAGGCUCUCACCUUUUAGAGCAGCACCCCCGACUAAUCCAGCGAAUGGAAUCUGGCUAUGAAAGCAGUGAGAGGAACAGCAGCAGCCCUGUCAGCCUGGAUGCAGCCCUGCCUGAGAGUUCAAAUGUCUACAGGGAUCCAAGUGCUAAGAGAUCAGCUGGGUUGGUUCCUUCCUGGCGUCAUAUCCCAAAGUCGCACAGCAGUAGCAUCCUGGAGGUAGACUCCACGGCAUCCAUGGGUGGCUGGACAAAGAGUCAGCCUUUCUCAGGUGAGGAGAUAUCUUCUAAAAGUGAACUGGAUGAAUUGCAGGAAGAGGUGGCCAGGAGGGCGCAGGAACAGGAACUUCGAAGAAAACGGGAGAAGGAGUUAGAGGCAGCAAAAGGGUUUAACCCUCAUCCUAGCCGCUUCAUGGACUUGGAUGAACUGCAGAAUCAGGGGAGGAGUGACGGCUUUGAGAGGUCCCUGCAAGAGGCAGAGUCAGUGUUUGAAGAGUCACUGCAUCUGGAACAGAAAGGAGACUGUGCUGCAGCUUUGGCUCUCUGUAAUGAAGCUAUCUCUAAACUAAGACUUGCCCUGCAUGGUGCCAGCUGUAGCACGCACAGCAGAGCCCUAGUCGAUAAGAAGUUGCAAAUCAGUAUUCGAAAAGCACGGAGCCUGCAGGAUCGCAUGCAGCAGCAGCAAUCACCACAGCAGCCGUCGCAGCCCUCAGCCUGCCUCCCAACACAGGCGGGGACUCUCUCUCAGCCAACAAGUGAACAGCCUAUCCCGCUCCAAGUAUUGUUAAGCCAAGAGGCCCAACUGGAAUCCCGCAUGGAUACAGAGUUUGGGGCCAGUUCUUUCUUCCAUUCACCUGCUUCCUGCCAUGAGUCACACUCAUCACUAUCUCCAGAGUCAUCUGCCCCACAGCACAGCUCCCCCAGUAGAUCUGCCUUGAAGCUUCUGACUUCGGUUGAAGUAGACAACAUUGAACCCUCUGCAUUCCACAGGCAAGGUUUACCUAAAACACCAGGGUGGACUGAGAAGAAUUCUCAUCAUAGUUGGGAGCCAUUGGAUGCCCCAGAGAGUAAGCUGCAAGGCUCUAGGUGUGACAACAGCAGUUGCAGCAAGCUCCCUCCACAAGAAGGAAGAGGCAUUGCUCAAGAACAGCUGUUCCAAGAAAAGAGGGAUCCUGCUAACCCCUCCACGGUGAUGCCUGGAAUAGCCACCUCUGAGAGGGGAGAUGAACACAGCCUAGGUUGUAGUCCUUCAAAUUCAUCAGCUCAGCCCAGCCUUCCCCUGUAUAGAAGCUGCCACCCCGUAAUGCCUGUUGCUUCUUCAUUUGUGCUUCACUGUCCUGAUCCUGUGCAGAAAACUAACCAAUGCCUCCAAGGCCAAAGCCUCAAAACUUCAUUGACUUUAAAAGUGGACAGAGGCAGUGAGGAGACCUAUAGGCCAGAGUUUCCCAGCACGAAGGGGCUUGUCCGUUCUCUGGCUGAGCAGUUCCAGAGGAUGCAGGGUGUCUCCAUGAGGGAUAGUACAGGUUUCAAGGAUAGAAGUUUGUCAGGUAGUCUAAGGAAGAACUCUUCCUCUUCUGAUUCUAAGCCUCCUUUCUCACAGGGUCAGGAGAAAGGCCACUGGCCAUGGGCAAACCAACAAUCCUCUCUGGAGGGUGGGGAUAGACCACUUUCCUGGGAAGAGUCCACUGAACAUUCUUCUCUUGCCUUAAACUCUGGGCUGCCUAAUGGUGAAAAUUCUAGGGGAGGACAGCCCAGAUUGGCAGAGCCAGACAUAUACCAAGAGAAGCUGUCCCAAGUGAGAGAUGUUAGGUCUAAGGAUCUGGGCAGCGGUACUGACUUGGGGACUUCCUUGCCUUUGGAUUCCUGGGUGAAUAUCACAAGGUUCUGUGAUUCUCAGCUUAAACAUGGGGCCCCUAGGCCAGGAAUGAAGUCCUCCCCUCAUGAUUCCCAUACGUGUGUAACCUAUCCAGAGAGAAAUCACAUCCUUUUGCAUCCACAUUGGAACCAAGACACAGAGCAGGAGACCUCAGAAUUGGAGUCUCUGUAUCAGGCCAGUCUUCAGGCUUCUCAAGCUGGCUGUUCUGGAUGGGGGCAGCAGGAUACGGCCUGGCACCCACUUAGCCAAACAGGCUCUGCAGAUGGCAUGGGGAGGAGGUUGCACUCAGCCCAUGAUCCUGGUCUCUCAAAGACUCCAACAGCAGAAAUGGAGCAUGGUCUCCAUGAAGCCAGAACAGUGCGUACUUCUCAGGCUACACCUUGCCGAGGCCUCAGCAGGGAGUGUGGGGAGGAUGAGCAGUACAGUGCAGAGAACUUACGUCGCAUCUCACGCAGUCUCAGUGGCACCGUUGUCUCAGAGAGGGAGGAAGCUCCAGUUUCUUCCCACAGUUUUGAUUCAUCAAACGUGAGGAAGCCUUUGGAAACCGGGCACCGUUGUUCCAGCUCCUCUUCCCUCCCUGUCAUCCAUGACCCUUCUGUGUUUCUCCUCGGUCCCCAACUCUACCUUCCCCAACCACAGUUCCUGUCCCCAGAUGUCCUGAUGCCCAGCGUGGCAGGGGAGCCCCAUAGACUCCCAGGAACUUCAAGGAGUGUCCAGCAGUUUCUGGCUAUGUGUGACAGGGGUGAAACUUCCCAAGGGGCCAAGUACACAGGAAGGACUUUGAACUACCAGAGCCUCCCCCAUCACUCCAGAACAGACAACUCCUGGGCACCCUGGUCAGAGACCAACCAGCAUAUUGGGACCAGACUCCUGACUACUCCAGGGUGCAAUCCUCAGCUAACCUACACUGCCACACUACCAGAAAGAAGCAAGGGCCUUCAGGUUCCUCACGCUCAGUCCUGGAGUGAUCUUUUCCAUUCACCCUCCCACCCUCCCAUUGUUCAUCCUGUGUACCCACCAUCUAGCAGUCUUCAUGUACCCCUGAGGUCAGCUUGGAAUUCAGAUCCUGUUCCAGGGUCCCGAACCCCUGGUCCUCGAAGAGUAGAUAUGCCCCCAGAUGACGACUGGAGGCAAAGCAGUUAUGCCUCCCACUCUGGACACAGGAGGACAGUGGGAGAGGGGUUUCUGUUCGUUCUAUCAGAUGCUCCCAGAAGAGAGCAGAUCAGGGCUAGAGUCCUGCAGCACAGUCAAUGGUAAAGGUUACUCCUUUCCUUUCCUGGAGCUACACCUUUCCUUUCCUGGAGCUACACCUUUCUUUGUAAAACUGUACUGUGGGCCGGGCGCGGUGGCUCACACCUGUAAUCCCAGCACUUUGGGAGGCUGAGGCGGGUGGAUCACAAGGUCAGGAGAUUGAGACCAUCCUGGCCAACAUGGUGAAACCCCGUCUCUACCAAAAUACAAAAAAUUAGCCAGGCAUGACGGUGCGUGCCUGUAGUCCCAACUACUCGGAAGGCUGAGGCAGGAGAAUUGCUUGAACCCGGGAGGCGGAGGUUGCAGUGAGCCGAGAUCGCACCACUGCACUCCAGCUUGGCAAUGGAGUGAGACUCCAUCUCAAAAAACAAAACAACACAACAACAAAAAAAACUACUGUGGCAGCGUUGGUACCCUGCAUCACUGCCAUGGUUGUGCUAUUCUCAUCUCAACAUAGAAUUGGUGGGUUCUCCUAAGGGUGUCAGGAACCUCUAAAAAGACGUGAUUCUUUGGGAGGGGAUAUUUGAAAUUCCAACUUCCAUUCCCCCUAGCAAAAGGAAGCAGCUGCUGUUUAAGGGUUUUAUCUGAACCACUUUAAAGAUGAAUCCAUGGUAUUACUCUGAAUACUAGCCAUUCCUUAGGAUCUUAAGGUCACAUUUUAUUCCUGGAUGCUUUAUGUCCCCACCUCCACCUGAGCCCUCGUCCUCUGUUCCCUACUAUAUUCCCAACUUCUACUCUUUGUUUUAUCCACCUAUCCCUAUUACCUGACCCUUUGUCUUCCCUAUCCCCCAUCCUUGGGGGGAUAUGUAGCCCUGUGGUCAUGGUUCUGAUUGCAUCAUCAGGGCAGCCCCCCUGCCCAGGUAUUAUGGCCUGUCAGCAUUCCCUGUGCCCUCCAAACCUUAGGCCUAGAACGCGGAGCUGCCAACAUAACAUUCACCCUUUUGAACAGAUGGAGUCAGGCACACUAACACAGCCUUCUGUCCUCAAUAGCACAGCCAUUAUUGCCACUUGCUCAGUCAUCAUUGUAAACCCUCAGAGUCAGCUGAACUAUUUUAGGCCAAACAUACUGUUUUUGUAAAGUAUUUUUCAUUAAUAAAUCUAUAAGAUAGUUCUAUUUAA